AUGGCUCCAAAGCGUAAGCCUCAAGUGAGUAGCCUUGCAGAUGAAGAGGAAAAUGGAUAUGGAGGAGCGGAGGCCCUCUGUGAUGAUCCACAAACUCCAAGUAUGGCGGACAUAGCAAACCUGCUCCAGGGCUUGGUGAGGAAGCAAACUGAGCACGAUGCAAAAUGGGAGCAGGAAAAGCUACAGCAGGAGAACCGGUGGCAGUCCAUGGAGCGCCGGGUGGAUCAGCUUCAGCAGGAGGUUAAAGCUGAGCGUCCAGAGACUCCUCCAGUGGUGGUCGGUGCAGCACCUGCAGCUCAAGCAGAAAGCCCCAAUGUUCCAGCUAUGGUCAGCUCAACAGCAGAGGGAGGUGUCUGCGGAUAG